AUGGCAACAGAUGAACCUUCUAAUCUUCUCAUGACUGACUCUGUCUUCAGGCUGGUGGAACACCUCUACAAAACAUUGUGGCAAUUCAUCCUCUAUUACCUGGUUCCCAUGUCUUAUUCCAUUGGACAACGCUGCUUUCUAGAUACUCCUGACUUGUUGGGAAUAUCUGCAAGUGGAGACAUCUUAUUCGGAGCAGUUUUACCUCUCCAUAUGGAGAAAGAAUACCCCAAGCUCUUUUAUACUGAAAAACCAAAGCAAGCCAUCUGCAGAAAGUUAUCCUUGGAAACUUACCUUCAGCUACAUAUGGUGAAAUAUGCCACCACAGAGAUAAACCACAAUCCUGACCUUCUCCCAAACAUCACCCUGGGCUAUCGAUUAUAUGACUCCUGCUCUGUACUUCAGAGGGAGUUGGAGGGGACGAUGUGGAUGAUGACGGGGGACACAAAAGCCAUUCCCAACUUUCAGUGCCGAAGAAAUGAGAAACUAGCGGCUAUCAUUGGCCAUUCCACUUCCACCUACUCCAUUCUUAUGGCUCAUAUUCUUGGGCUGACCAGGUAUCCACAAAUAAGUCACUUGUCAACCAGUUCCCUCUUGAGUGAUAGAACCCAGUUUCCUUCUUUCUUUCGGACUGUACCAAGUGAUGCCUUCCAAUCCAAAGGACUCUCUCAGCUCGCUUUACAUUUUGGCUGGACAUGGGUGGGAUUAGUGGCUCUGGCUAAUGAUUAUGGUCAACAGGGAAUUCAAGUUAUUAAACAAGAAAUCCUUAAAUCUGGGGCUUGUGUGGAGUUCACAGAGUAUAUUCAGAUUAAUAGACCCAGCAGCAACAUUCCUCAUAUUGGUCAAGUCAUAAAAGCUUCUACAGCUCAAGCUGUGGUCAUCUUUUCUACUGAUGUCCACUUCCUGCCCCUACUGAAUGAGCUUUUCAGACAAAAUGUUACUGAAAAGAUAUGGUUGGCCAGUGAAGGUUGGUCAACCACUUCAUUAUUUUCUUUAGAAAAAUAUUCCAAGCUUCUUGCAGGAACCGUGGGGUUUGCCUUCUACAGUAGAAAUAUUCCUGGAUUCCAGGAAUAUGUAGACCAUCUCAGCCCCAGCAAACUACCAGAAAAGCCUUGGAAUUGGAUGUUCUGGGAAGAAAAUAUUCCCAUCUCAGUUUGUAGUGAAAUAUGUCCUCUGGGUUUCAGAAAAGCACCUCUUAGUAGAAAACCUACCUGCUGCUAUCAGUGUAUCCCCUGCGCUCUUGGAGAAAUCACUAAUAAAACUGAUGCAAAUGAAUGCCUUAAAUGUCCAUGGGACCAAUGGCCAAACGAACAAAAAGAUAAAUGUCUACCAAAGCUUACCGAGUUCCUCUCCCAUGAAGAGACCUUAGGCGUCAUUUUGAUGUCCACCAGUAUCACAUCCUCCUUAAUUCCUUUAGGUGUCCUCGGCCUUUUGAUUCAUUACAAGGCCACUCCCAUAGUAAAAGCCAACAAUUAUACCGUAAGCUGUCUGCUUCUGGCCUCCAUGUCCCUCUGCUUUCUCUCUUCUUUAGCAUUUAUUGGAUAUCCAAACAACAUCAAGUGUCUUCUUCGCCAAGUGACUUUUGGGAUGGCUUUUGCUCUAUGCGUCUCAUGUGUCUUGGCCAAAACUGUUAUGGUAUUGAUUGCAUUUAAGGCCACAAAACCAAACAGUUGUUUGACCAAAUGGGCUAGACCUCAAGUAUCAUAUCUGAUGAUUGUCCUAGGAACAUUUCUCCAAUUACUAAUAAGUGUUACAUGGUUGUUAAUCACACCACCUUUCCCACAAUACAACUUGAAUGCAAAAUCUGGGGUUAUCAUAGCAGAAUGCAAUGAAGGGUCCCUUGCAGGUUUUUGGUGUACGACUGGCUAUUUAGGCAUACUAGCCUUGGCUAGCUUUCUUGUGGCUUUCUUAACCAGACAGCUUCCUAGCAGGUACAAUGAAGCUAGGUUCAUCACCUUCAGCAUGCUGGCUUUCCUAAGCGUCUGGGUGUCUUAUAUCCCAGCUUCACUCAGCACCAGCGGUAAAUACACUGUAGCUAUGGAGAUAUUUGCAAUCCUUUCCUCAAACUGGGCCAUGCUUUGCUGUAUGUUUGCACCAAAAUGUUAUAUUAUUAUGUUUCAACCCAGUAUGAACUCAAGAAAACAUCUCUUGGGCAACAAAUAA